AUGUUUAUUACUUUUAAAGAUUUAUUAAAAUCUAAAAUUUAUAUAGGAAAUAAUAUUAAUAAUAUACAUAUAAAUAAUUAUAAAUUUAUUUAUAAAAUUAAGUAUAAUAAUUGUAUAUUAAAUUUUACUUUAAUAGCUAUAUAUUUAUAUAAAUUAUAUUUAUAUAUUUAUAAUAUAUUUUUUAUAAAUAAAAAAAUUUUAUUUAUAAAUAAUAAUAAUUUAAUAUCAAAUUUUAUAAUUAAAAUAUGUAAUUUAACAAAAAAUUAUUAUAUUAAUAAAUGGAUACCUGGAUUAUUGACUAAUUGGUAUAUAUUUAAGAAAAAAAUUAUAAUUUUUUUAUGGUUACAUAUUAUAUUAAAUAAUAAAUAUUUUAUUAAUAUAUUAUCUAGAAAAUGUAUUAAUAUUUUAAAUAUUAUUUAUAAUAAAUUAUAUUUAAAAUUUAUAGGUAUUAAAUUUAUGUUUAAUUUACCUAGAUAUAUAUUUUUGACAAAUUAUACUAAUAAUUUAAUUUUAAAAGAAAUUUUAAAAUUAAAAUUAAUUUUAAUAAGUUUUAUAAAUUUAAGUUUAGAUUCAAGUAAUAUAAAUAUUAAAAUAUUAGGUAAUUAUAAUAAUUAUAACUCUUUAAAAUUAAUAUAUAAAAUAAUAUAUACAUCAAUUAUUCAUAGUAAAAUUAAAAAUAUGUAA